UGCUGCACCCCGGGGCGCACGGACCGGUGGUGUGAAUGUGCAGGGGCUGCUCCGGCGACACAAUCCCAGAGAUGCACAGGACGGACAACAGCUGCGGACGCGCGCUCACAAGUGGAUCCUGAAGGCACAAAAGCGGGGGCUUCUGCGAGGAACGGACCGAAGAGGCAGGACAGCAGAGUGGGGGGGAUGCUCCAGGAGGGAAAGAAAAAGCACAGAUAAAGCCCACUGUUGUUGAAAACUGCUGUUCCUGGAGUUUGGGGGGAGUUUGAAGACAGUACUUAACGUUAUCAGAUAAUUAAUUAGACACCCCAUAAGCCCGGAAAUCAAUUAAUUCACAGAUCAAUAAAUCCAUAGUCUGGUGUAACAAGAGACCUUAGGACUGUUAGAGAGGCUGUUGAACAACAAUAACAAGAGAGGAGUGACGACAACACGGGACCAGAAACACACUGAUUUGGCUUGAAUUUGAAGAUGGAUGGGGGUCUAGGUGAGAUGUCCCUCCACAGCCACCCGGACUUGGCCCACAGUCAGGACGGCAGAGCCAUGCUCCACUCCAGGGACCUCUCGGCCGCUUUCCCCAGGCCCUCCCUCGGCGGUCCCUCCAUGUCCCUGGAGCCCGAGCACCGUCCGCCGGCGUUCGACCAUUCCAUGUCGGCGCUGGGCUACAGCGGAGACUCCCCAUCCAGCUCCGGCAGCACCUACACCACGCUGACCCCCCUCCAGCCCUUUGACGACAAGUUCCACCACCACCACCACCACCACCCCUGCCUGCCUGUGAGCAAUGUCAUCGGAAGCUUCACCCUCAUGCGCGAGGACCGGGGCCUCGGCACCAACUUCUACAACCCCUACGGCAAGGACCUGGCCAUGUCCCAGAGCCUGCCCCCCCCCUCCGCAGGGUCGGGCCUGGGCUCCUCCAUGCACAGUUACGGCAGCCUGGGCAACAGCCCCAACGGCAACGGGGGCCAGAUGAUCCACGGCGGCUACGACAUCCACGCGGGGAACCUGUUCUGCCGAACGUCAGAUUUCGGCCGUGAGAUGUCUCCCCCGGGCUUAGGAGGAGCCGACGCCUCUGUGGGCCAUCAGCUGAACAAAAUGGAGGCUCAUCAGCACACCCCCGCCCAUCACCCUCACAUCUACAGCCAACACUACCAGCCCCCCCACCACCACCCGGGUCAGCAGGCCUCCAAGAUCGGAGAGCACCUGCACUCCUCGUCGUCCGCCUCGUCCUCGCCCGGAGAAGGCAUGCUGGCGGGCUCGCAGGGCGGGGGCGGAGGCGGCGGGGAGGAGAUCAACACCAGGGAUGUGGCCCAGAGGAUCAUCACUGAGCUGAAGAGGUACAGCAUCCCCCAGGCCAUCUUCGCCGAGCGGGUCCUGUGUAGGUCACAGGGUACGCUGUCUGACCUCCUGAGGAACCCCAAGCCCUGGGGCAAGCUCAAGUCCGGCCGCGAGACCUUUAAGAGGAUGUCCCGUUGGCUUCAGGAGCCCGAGUUUCAAAGAAUGGCCUCGCUCCGGCUAGAGGCCUGUAAGCGGAAGGAGCAGGAGCAGAGUAAGCUGGAGCGGAACCAGGGCCCCAAGCGCACACGCCUGGUCUUCACCGACCUGCAGCGCCGUACGCUCUUGGCCAUCUUCAGGGAGAACCACCGCCCCACCAAGGAGCUGCAGGUCACCAUCUCCCAGCAGCUGGGCCUGGAGCUGUCCACCGUCAGCAACUUCUUCAUGAACGCCCGCCGACGCAACAUCAACAAGUGGGCGGAUGAGGGCCGCCCGUCCUCCACGGGCUCCUCGGGCUCCAGCGUGUCCUCCUCCGCGGUGUCCUGCAGCACGGCGUGAUGUUUCCGACCUCGCCCAGAAGGUCCGGUUGGGGAGGGCGCGGUGAAGAAGGAGUCGGGGGAGGGGGCGGAUAAGACUGGUCUAGGCAGAGAUCAGCUGUAAUUAAUGUCCUCCUCGUUAUUUGAUGGAGUGACGGAGCCAGCUAUUAUAGAUGAUUUUAUGAAGCGAAGC